AUGUCACCUGCCGCAGUUUCAAUAUUGAGUCGGCGAACUAAUAACCCAUCGCAGCGUGAUUGGCUUGAGUUCAAACGCGUCGUAAGAUAUUUGAUUGGAACAGAAGACUAUGAAUUGCGUCUGGGAGAUGCGUCGGAGAACAAUCUGACACUAAUCGGUUUCUGUGACGCCGAUUGGGCCGGCGACAGAGUGGACAGAAAAUCCACCAGCGGUUUUUUGCUCAGGAUUGGUAACGCGACAGUAAGCUGGGCUAGUCGAAAACAGAAUUGCGUGUCGACAUCAACGAUGGAAGCAGAAUAUAUAGCGCUAUCCGAAGCAGCACAAGAAGCAGUUUGGCUACGUAGGCUGCUCAGUGAACUCGGCGAGAUGCAGGAUCAUGUAACACUUAUGUACGAAGAUAAUCGCAGUUGUUUAGAUUUCGUAUCGCUUGAUCGGCAAAACAAAAGGCGCAAACAUAUAGAUACGAAGCUCUAUCACGCAAAAGAUUUGUGUGCUAAAGGUGUCAUCGAAUUAAAAUAUUGCUCUACUGAUGAGAUGGUGGCGGAUAUUUUAACGAAGCCGUUAGGGCCAAAGAAAAUGUUGCAAUUUUCGGACAACAUGGGCUGA